AUGGCAUUGCAUGCCAUCGAUUGUAGAUCUCACACGGUGCAAAUCCUACCCAGCGUGCCUAUACCCAUUUUUCGUUCAGUCGCUGGCAUAAUUGAUGGGAAAAUAUAUGUAACUGGAUAUUACCAUUACGAUCAUGACUUGAAGAAGGUACUCAGGAUGGUGGUGUUCAAUACAGAAACACAAAUGUGGGAGCCAGAGAUGAUAGAGGCAGACACAGAGGCAGAGCCAAAGAGGAUGUAUUGUGGUAGUGUUGUGAUGGGUGAUAACAUAUACAUGAGGGAUUGUCUGAAUAGCUUUGUUUACGAGUAA